CUCGUGAAGGCUGAUGCCGGGAAAAUAAAGUUGUCAAAAUAUGAACGUCAUUUUUUAUAUAAAAAAUAAGUUUAAUACGCAAAACACUAUCAACAUUUCAAUUUGAUUAGUGCUCACAAAGAUUAACCAAUACUUUUUUAUAUUCAUAAAAUUAGGCAAGCAUUUUCAUGACUUAUCUAACAAGUUUUAAUCAUGAUUCUCAAAGGGCCGGAGCUCAAUAAGUUAUCGCAUUUGAUAUCCCAGCAAGUUGAACAAGUAACUUGUCUUGAAUGUUGUAAAACAUAUGUAGCCCCCGAAACAGCUUUAUGUGGGCAUACAUUGUGCCAUUUAUGUUGGAAAAAAAGACGCACUUGUCCUCAGUGUUCAACUACUGUGAACCGUCAAAGCACUAAAUUAAAUUUGGCCUUACAAAACCUUACUGAACACAUCAACACACUUGGUGAAACAUUUGAAAAAGUUUUCAACAUCAAAUUGGAUGAGUUUAUGCUCGACACACCUGGGGAGUUUGCCUCUAGAGAUGAUCCUUCAAAAAAUGUUAAAGAAUGGUUAGCCAGUUCACAAAAUCACUUUUCUGCACCAAUUACACCUUCUGAACAAGCAUCGCAAGAAAAAUCACCUGUUGCAGAGUUACAAGUACAAAGUAAAGUCCUAGUCCAUACAAGUACUGUGGUACUGCACAAACCUACAAAGGUAGUUUGUGCAACCAUUGCACAAGAUGAUUGGGAUAAAAUAGAACCUAUGACCGAAACAGUUGAUAAAGAUAAAGAAAAUGUUGUAGGCCCUAUUGACACUGAUCUAUUUGAUAUAAAUGAUAACUCUUAUACAAUGCAAAAUCCACGAAGAAGUUUAAGGAAGAAAGAUGGUAAAAUCAUUGAUUUUAUCAAUAUACAAUCACAAUCAUCAUCUGAAAAACCAGAUAGUAAAGAAAAAAAUACUGAAAAUGAUAAUAAGACAAGUAGUAUAAAACAAAACUGGAAUAAUGUUAAAAGGAUGAGGAAGGAAUUUAGUAAACUUAACAAAAAAAAUAAGAACAAACUGAAUGUGUCUAUCGAAAUGUAUAAAAAAACUCAACAGUCAAGUAACAAAUCAAAUAUUGAUAUACCUGUUGCUGUGUCAGAGCAGGUAUUAGAAAUUGAUGAUAAUACACCCAAUGGUGAAAAUGAAAGGAACAGUGAUUUGCAUACUGCUGAUAACCUUCCUCAAAGGGAUUGCAGUUCUAAUCCUUCUAAAGCAAUUUACAUGCUGGAUAACCCUGACAGAAGUGACAACAAUAUGAAAAAGCACUUAGAAAAAAACACAAAUAAAUCAUCUUUAAUUAAUGCAAAAAGUAUUACUACCGCUAAACAAAUUGUUAUAUCAUCCCAUACACCAUCACAGGUAAAUAAUAAACAAUUUCAAGAAAGUAGUAAUAAUUUUAAUGAACCAAACAAAUCUAAGAUUGCAUUUAUAAAGAAAGCUCCUCUAAGCCAUAUACAUAACAAACAUACCUGUAACAAUGCAACUACUUAUCAUUACAUAGAUGUAAAGCCAGGAGGUACAAACAGUAGUAAUGAUAUUCAGAUUUCUAUUAAAAUAGGAGAUAGGGUGACGAACAUUAUUAUUAACAAGGAUAAAAAUGAUUCACCAUUAAAAGCUAGUACUGACCGUGAAGUCCAAGUGUCAUUAGGACCUUACAAAAUUUCUGCAAGUAAUAAUAACUGUCUAGAAGUAGAAGACCAAACAAAAAGUAAAAUUAAUAAUGAAAUGGCACAGAAAAUUGUAAUAAAUACUGACAAUAAACUUUUAUCUACUGAUAAAGCAGGUACUCCUGCAAACAAAUCAAUAUCUACAAAAAAAAAUACUGCAUCUGCUGAGACAGCAACAGCACAGUUUGAAAUUACUGAGAGUGUUGAACGAGAAUUGUCAAAAAUAAUGGAGUGUGAAAAUAUAAAUGAUGAACAAUGUAACUUUUGUAAUAUUAGCAAUAAUAAGACCACUACUCAAGUUGGUCCGACAAUACAUUUGGACAAGAGUAAGAAUAUAAACAUUUUGAGUGAUAUACAAAUUAAUAAUUAUAAAACAAAGGCACAGGAUGAAAAUGUACAACUUUUACAAAAUACUAAUAAAGGAACUUCAGAAAUACUUUUACCCUCUAUUCAUACAAAUAAAUAUAAAAACGCAGACAAAAGAAGCAGAGAAACCACUACUGACUGUGAUUUACCAAAAAGCAAGAAAAUGAAAACUAUUUCUGAGGAUAUUGGAGAAAUGUGCAUUACUAACUCUCAUACAUCUCAUUGUGAUAAAAAUGAUAAGAAUGAAAGUGAACUUGUAACUUAUGAAGCUGUUAUUGACCAAGUUUUUGGUAAUAUUGAUAAGGAUAUUGAAAAUGAACACCGAGGUACUCCAACUGCAACAUCAAAAAUAGGUACAGUUGGAAAAGAUGUAAGAACACUAACACAAAAAUCCAAAAUUGUGAGCAUUCCAGGCUCAAAUCAGUCUGAAUCGUUUACAAACAUUAAAGAUUACUACGAUCAAAAAGAGAGCGAAAAUAUGUUCUCAUUAGGCGAAAAGGAUAAUGAAAAUGGUGAUAGAACACUGAAAAAUAUUGUCCGCGAGUCUACGCAACAGCAAGUACAUAACUUACUGACACCAGUCAUGUGUCGAAAUUUAGAGCUGCAGGAAUACACUCCACAUAUUGAUGACAAAGAUGAUGAAUCUGAUAAAAGCAUAGUGGAAGAUACACCACAAAAGAAUGUAUCUUAUUCUAAACUUCGACAAAAGAAUGAAUCGUCAAUAAACAAACUAGAACAGAAACUAAAUCCACCAGAAAAGGAUGAGAAAAAAACAGUAGUCAAGCAAAAAUCUAGAAGUGUUAUUAAUUUGACAGAGAGUGUAGAAUUUAAUAAAAGCAAUAAGGAUGGAACCAUUAUUGAAUGUGUCACGAAAAAGCAUGCAUUGGAAACCCCACUGACUAUAAACAAAUUUGUUGAUCACAUUAAACACAAGUCUACACCAGUUGCCAGAAAGUCGUUAAACUUUGAAAAUGAAAAUACGGAGGAUGAGGAUCCUGAGAUAACACUUUGUCCAACGUCUGAUGUGGCAAAGAACACACAAGAGAAAGAAUUUAUGACUAAAGCCUUUGAAAACACUCCGGAAUCUCCAAGAAUGAGAUCGCUGGCAUUGAAAAACCUGAACACUGCUAACAAUAAAAGAUUGUGUAUAGCUGGCUCUUGCUUAACAUCUAGUGAAAUCACAAAAUUGAAGAAUUUAUGUGCGUCACUUAAAUGGGUUUACGUUGAUAAAUAUACAAAAGAUGUCACUCAUCUAGUAGUGGGAGUUGAUGAAGACUACAAGUCGCAAAGAUCUGUGAAGUAUAUGUCUGCGUUGGCAGCUGGCAAGUGGAUUGUUUCAUUUGAAUGGGUGGAAAAGUGUUUGAAAGCUAUGAGAUGGGUUGAUGAGGUAAAGUUCGAGGUCCUUGACAGUACUGGCGAGCCAGGACCGAAGCGCUCACGCAUCGCCAAACGGAAACUGUUUCAAGGCAUCACGUUCUACUGCAUGCCGCCGUUUAGCGUGCUCGACGUGAACACAUUGAAGACAAUGUUAGAAGCCGCAGGCGGCCGCGUAGUAAACGAAAUUAAACAGGUAAGAGUGACCGAGGAUACGCCAGGACCUGCUCUGUUACUAGCAGAGCCGGAAAACACCCAGGAGGAUCGAUUUAUAUAUCUUACAGUGGAGCUCGGUAUUGUACCAGUCAACUACGAGUGGGUGUUAAAUUCCCUCGGAAACUACACAGUGGGAUCAUUGCAAGAUUUAUUACUGUGCCCCGCAUCUCUUUUGCCCAAAAAAACGUCGCAAUGGCCGUCUUGCUUCUUCACUCGCGAAUAUGACGAAUGAAAGAAUGUAAUUUUAAAUCUCAUCGAUGAACGCGUCAUAAUGUUUGAAUUAACAACAAACUGAUAUAAGAAGAAAUAAAAAUAUGGUGGUUGAUAUUUUGAUCUUCAAAUAAGGUAUUUUGUCAUCACAGGAUUACGAAGAACGGAUUAUAAGUACAAAUGUAAUAUUUUAAUUUACAUAAUUAUAACAUUCGUGUUUAGAUCGCUUUUAUAAUAAUUUAUAAUCUCAUUUAGUUUAGUAGUUGCAGUUUCAAAUAAGUGUAUAAAAUAUAUUUUUUAGCUUUAAUGAAUUAUUAUUAAUAAUAUUCUUUGUAUUAAAGACACUCGUAGUCUUUUUAUCCCCGAAAGGAUAAUACCUAAAGAUAUACUUACAUAUACAUUUAUAAACACCAAAACGUGCUAUAAUUUAAAACACUUCUCUGUGCAGCUCAUUAAAUUGAAGUCAAUGCCAAUUCUGGUGGCGCUAAAUUAUUAUAAAUAGAAAAAUUCGUAUUCGUGAAUAUAAAACAUUUAAUAUUCAUUUCGUCACUAGUAAGUACCAAUGUAUUUUGUACGUCGUACUUUAGUCGACGCAAUUAUACAAUGAGCCAUUUAUUUUAUAUAACUACUUUAUUUUGCAAUAUUCUACGUUCACAGCGAAUAUAUUUUUGUUGCUUUUUUUUAAAUAUAUAAAACUAAAUUAAAACCUAGGUAUUUCAGUGGUCAACACCAAAUGCCUUAGUUUAGAUUAAGUACUCAAGGGAAAUUUUGAGAAAAUCUGUUGUUGGUAGCAUGUUAUGUAGACACAUAUUUUUUGAUUGUCUUGUACGAUGGUUGAUUAUAAUUAUUGUUAUGCAAUAACAAUGUUCAGUAGUACUGUACAUAGAUUUUAAAAAUUUGGUACAAUAUACAUUUAGCGUUAAA